ACCACAACACAGGAAGGCAGAUCGGAUAGACAGGAAGGAGCUGCAGCAUGAAACAGUAUCUCCAGCAACAGUACUGACUUAUGAUAUGACGGCUGCUGUGUAUUUGUGACUCGUUUAACUCCGUUGAGCUUCCUCCAAUUCACACUUGUCCUACACCUGUUUAUGGACGAAUGAUGGCGUUACUGCAUAGAACAUCUGUGUGGGCAGCGUUUUACAUCCUUUGACACAUUCAGACAACUUCAACAAGCCCAAGACACAAACAGGAAGGUCUGAGGGCAGAAACUAUCCGACUUUCUGAUGGAGAGGAAGGCACAUUAUGAUUCUAUCAUGGACCGAAGCAAACGCAUCACGUGGCAGGACGACUGCUACGUGGAUCUUCAGUCUGCGUCCUGCUCGGCCUCUUCACAAGCAGAAACAGAGGAUGUUGACUGGAUCCAAAAGCAUCAAGACCAGAUGCAACGCUUCAUUACGACUUCCUUCCUGGAGGGGAUGUUAGCCCACCUGAGAACGGUGGAUGUGGUGAGUUCAGCCGAGGAGACCAAGAUCAAGGAAGCGGCCCGGCUGCAGGACCAGGUUAACAUGCUCACAACUAUUGUCGCUGGCAAGGAAACUCAAAGUUCGGAUGCUCUGCGGGGCUUCAUAGAGAGCUCAGAUUCUCAGGUGGCCCAGCUCAUCAUCAACCACGAUUCCAUGGUGAAGGAGCACAAAAAGGUGCUGUUACGACGAUAUGAGCAGUACAGAGACAGAGAUUCAGUCAGCUGCCCCAAGCUGAACAUCUCCUCAAGAACUUUGCUUCUGGUCGAUGGACUUUCCGACAUCCAGCAAAAGGAACAUGACUUAAUGCAGGUGGGGGCGACUCGAGGAAGGAAAAGAAAUCAUCUCAGACCGCUGGGGUUGACCAAACUCUUGGAGCCCCUGACACGGGUCAGUUUACCUCCCCGGGUCUCCCUCACAGUCGGGGUGGCUGGUAUCGGUAAGACAACCUGGGUCCGACAUUUCAUUAGACAGUGGAGCCAAGGAGCCAUCUGCACAGAUGUGAGUUUUGUCUUGCCUUUCACUUUUUGUGAGCUGAACUCACUGGAGAAAGUCUCUGCUGAGAGGCUGGUGAAAAUGGCUUUUCCUCAUUUAACAGAUCCCAGUGUGGUCCUGUGCAGCUCCUGCCGCACACUGCUAAUACUUGAUGGUUUAGACGAAUUCCGCUGGACUUUAAAUUUCUCCGAUGCAGCUCCUUGCAGCGAUCCAAAGAAAGAAGUGUCCGUCGAUGACCUAGUCACUAACAUCAUCCGGGGUAAUCUGCUCCCUGAUGUGGCGGUGUGGGUGACCUGCAGGUCAGGAGUGGCCUCACUCAUCCCUGGAGGAUUGGUUGACAGGGUGACUGAGAUCCCAGGGUUCAGCCCGCAAGACAUCCAGCUCUUCCUAAACCACCACUUCUCUGAAAGGGACUUUGCCAGUAAGAUAUGGGCGCACUUGGAGUCCCAUAAGAUCCUCAUGGUGAUGUGCUACAUACCAUGCAUUUGCUGGAUCGUAGCUGAUACUCUGAUGUACAUCAUGCAGAGUGAAACACAAGAGAGCCUUCCAAGGACUUGUACUGAGCUGUACGCUCACUUUUGUUCCAUGAAGGCAGAAGUAGGUGAACCAAGAGGUAGGGAGCCCGUGAAAAUUGAGCAGCUUCAUGGGAGCAAUCGUAAACUGCUGGGGAACCUUGGACGACUAGCGUUUUAUGGGCUCCUCAAACACAAGUACACCUUCAGCGAGCAGGACCUCAGGGCCUAUGGAAUAGAUCUCCUGUUAAGUCAGAGCAGUCUUGGUACUGGAGUUCUUGUUCGGGAGGAGUUGGCCAUACACACAACAUACCGGUUCACUCAUUUGACACUGCAAGAGUUUCUUGCAGCUACUUUUUACCAUAUCUCCUCCAAGCGGGCCAUCUUUGACUUAUUCUCAGAGAGCACCAUGUCUUGGCCAAAGAUUGGUUUCCAGAACCACUUCAGAAGUGCCUUUCAGCACUCGCAACAAGCUGAAGACGGUCACUUGGACGUGUUUGUGCGCUUCCUGACGGGCCUGCUGUGCCCAGUGGCCCUGAAACCUCUCGCUGGGCUUCUUGCCCUCGGAAAAGAUGAUGGAAAUCAGAAGGCGUGGGCAGCAGGGUUCUUACAAGGCCUCUUGGUCAGCGGGGGUGCGGUGGUGUCCCUGCGUGCAGUCAACCUGGCUUAUUGUUUACACGAGCUGCAACACACAGAGCUGUUGCGGAGUGUAGAGGAAGAUCUACAGCUCGGUAGCCUAGCAGGGAAGCUAACACGGGCUCACUGUGUUGUGCUGGGCUACCUUCUGCAUGUGUCUCCAGAGUGCAGCGAACAGACCAACCUAACAGGCUCUCUGAACUACGCAACAGUGAAAUGUUUGCUCCCCCAGCUGCUGUACUGCAGCUAUCUCAGGUUAGAGAAUAAUCACUUCAAAGAUGAUGUCAUGGAGUUGCUAGGAAGCGUCCUGAGCGCCAAAGACUGCCAUAUCCAGAAGAUGAGUUUGGCAGAGAAUGCCAUCAGUAACAAAGGUGCCAAAGCCCUGAGUCGAGCCCUUUUGGUGAACCGGACGCUAACGUCUCUCAAUCUCCGGAACAACAGCAUCGGCUCUAAAGGUACAAAGUUCCUGGCAGAGGCUCUGAAAAUGAACCAAGUCCUGGUAUCAAUCAACUUCCAGAACAAUGCAAUUGAGGAGGAAGGUGCUCAGGCCCUUGCAGAAGUACUGCACUGCAACCGCAAACUGGUGUGUCUGAACAUUCGGAAGAACACAAUUGGAGCGGGAGGAGCCAAAAGGAUUGCAGAGGCACUGAAGACGAACCGGACUCUCACAAAGCUGAUUCUUUGCAGUAACCAGCUUGGGGACAGAGGGACAAUCGCUCUGGCAGAGGCUUUGACAGUCAACCACACUCUGCUCUCACUCCAACUUCAGAGUAACUCAAUCAGCAACAGGGGGAUGACAGCCUUAACCAAAGCACUCAGGCUAAACCGUGGCCUUGUCUCCUUGAAUUUAAGGGAGAACUCCAUCGGGGUGGAGGGAGCAAAGAACAUGGCUCAUGCCCUCCAUGAGAACAACUCUCUACAGGACCUCGAUCUCACAGCAAACCUGUUGCAUGAUGAAGGGGUUCAAGCUAUAGCUGGCGCAAUCAAGUUUAAUCGCGGCCUCACCUCUCUGCAUCUUCAGUGGAAUUUCAUCAAGUCGUCUGCCACCAAAGCUCUGGCCCAUGCGCUCCUCUCCAAUGCCACAAUGCAGCUCUUGGAUCUACAGGAGAAUGCUAUCGGAAAUGAAGGCGUCAUUUUUCUUGCCGAAGCCUUGAAAACCAACGCGUCCCUGCAUACAUUAUGUCUCCAGGGAGUCUCUGCGAGCACAAGUGGCGCAAUUGCAAUGGCAGAGGCUCUGAUGACCAACCAAACCCUGCAAACUUUAGAUCUACGUGGGAACACUGUGGGGAUGGAGGGGGCGAAGGCUCUGGCUAACGCACUGAAAAGCAACCGAAGCCUCAAGUCACUGAAUCUUCAGGAGAACUCUCUGGGUAUGGACGGAGCCAUAUUCAUUGCAACAGCCUUGAAGGGAAACCACCAGUUGACGUACAUCAAUUUGCAGGGGAAUGGCAUUGGAGAAUCAGGAGCAAAGGUCAUAUCUGAUGCUAUAAGAGCCAGCGCUCCGAGCUGCGUGGUGGACAUCUGAUCAAGGAACACAGACUCUACUGAGGAACGUCGCACAUGUAACAUAGAAAUAACAGUAUAGUGUUAUCAGAAGUAGGUGUAUAUAAUUUAGUUAAAGCUAUACAUUGGUGCUGAAUAUCACUCUGUAACUGUUUCACUGUAUUUUAAGAGAUAGAUAUUCACAUAUUUAUUAUAUUAUUAUUGAGGGAGCAGUUGCCAUAAGGGAUGAAGACUUGAGAAGGGUAAAGUUAUGUUGAGUGGCAGCAUAUUUCUGUAUAUAGAAAACGCACAACAUCCACACAUCCCUUUCAAAGUGGAGCAGCAGCCCUGUUAUAUCCAAAUCAAAUGUCAAUGUGUACAUUUGCACAAUGAAUCUGGUGUAUAGCAAUAAAAUGGACACUGACAUUUACACAGUAGUUGUUAAAAUGAAAAGUGGAUUACAAGGGCAAAGAUCUGUCAAAAUAUUCCUUGAUAUCCUGCUUUAGUGACACUAUAAGAUUCAUGAUGAAAUACUCAUGAACACAUUACUUCAUGACUGGACAAAGUAACAAAUGCAUGAACUAAUUUUUGCUGCAUUGUUUUAAGACAGGAUGUGCCUGAUUUUUGCAAUGUUAUCUUUGAAAUUUGUUUUACGUGGGAGGUAAAGGACUUAUCCUAAUCAAUAAUGUUAAUAAGCUUUAUGUAUACAGUACUUUCCGAAACACAGUUACAAAGUGCUUUACAAAAUGUAGCGAGACCAGGGGUAAAAAGCGUUUUUUCUUCCACACUUUGGCUCACCAUUUUAAAAAAAAAAAAAAAAAAAAAAAUGCUUGUGUUGUGGAGCUCCAGUUGUGGAAGCUUUCAGGUAAACAAAAAAAAUGAAAAUGAAUGAGAGAAUGUGCACGCCUCUAUUUGGUGGCACCUAUCUGGGAAGAUAGUCAAAUCCAACCAAAAUGUUGCAAAUGCCCCUUGCCAUACAGUUCAUUCAUCUGAUUAGUGGGAAGCAAUUCAUCUCUUGGCAUAUUCAACCACUUUUUAAUUUGCAGGAUGGUUUAGAUCUCUCAACUGAGUGCUCACUGCUGCUGCUGCAAGUCUUCUGUAACACAUUUGCCCUUCAUCUUAUAGUAACAAUAGCUUCUGACCUCAUGGAUCAAAUGAAUGUCUUUACAAAAUGUCAUGAGAAUCCAUCCAAUCAUUCUGUUGACAUAUAACAGCACAAAUAUAAAAAAAACACACACACGCACACUUGCUCACCCAAUCCUGUCCUGCUGGGAUUCAUAUGUUCAGAGACUUGAUGUGUGAACAAUGCGCAUGCACAAAAAUACACAAAAUCCCAAACAUGUGGUAAUUUUCUCUGACCGACUAAAACAGACAGAGGUACACAUGUACAGACAGAUGAUUAGAGGCACGUGUACAACCAUUCACGGCUGUGGGAGUGGAAAUAGGGAUUGUGUACAUGCACACAUUCAUAUUGAUUUACAUUUAGAAAUCCGGCGUACUGCUUAAUGCUAUACUGCAGUGUACGUAUACAUAUUUCAGCGUUUUUUCAUCAAGCCCAGGGGUUGCAUUUUGCUCCCACUAAAAUCCUGUGAAAUAUUUUUCAAGCAUUCAAGACAAAGAGCUAGUUUGUCUUAUGUUAGAUUUGUCAUUUUGCAUUCUUACUGUAUUGCAGUUGCGGAGUCAUCAUUGGAUGCAUACAAAAUCCUAAGAUUGUUCUCGGCCUGCACAUCUUACUCCACAAAAUACCAAAUAGAUCGAACAUUUUAAUGAAUUCUUUGUGAUUAGAGACACUCGAGCAUCAUUAUGUGAGGUCAUAAUCAUCAUGAGUCACUAAGUUUAUUAUCCUAUUCAUCAUAUGGACAUCAUUUUAUGUUUGCAAAUCUGACCACAAGCCAACUUCACAGACAUUUUAGACAAUAACAAACAGGGAGUGAGAGAAAGGGUAAUUCCAUUACUUUCAAUUAUGUCUGUAGUGCGUGAGGUAGACAGAGUGUCAGAGAAAAUUGCUCUCUACAUGUAUGUACAGUGUUAUGAAUGUAUAUAUGUCGGAUAGUGUGAAUGUUUGCACAUUCUCUGAGAGUUUCAAUUGAACUGAGGGGUUUAAGAGGCCUGAACAGGAGCCUAACCUGUAGGGUGACAGUUUGAGUGGGUGUGAUAAUUACUAUCUAUGGAUGUGAAAUGUCUGUAGCUGUCAGAACAUUAAGGAGGCCAUAUAGCAGCAAUGACCAGAGUCUAAAUAUAGUGCUUUGUCUCAGAAGCCAAUGUGGGCUGACCUGGGCACACUGUGAGUACGACACGAAAAAACACAGUAAUCAAUCAUAUCUAUUCAGCCUGCUCUUUAAAUGAAACUGUCCAAUAAAUUGAAAAACACUUACACAACACAGAACACAGAACACAGAACACAUGCCUGAGAUAGUUACAAAUAGACUUGUAAUGCUGCUGAUGAGGAUAAUUAUAUGUUUCUUUGCUCCUGGUUUUAUUGGCAGUUGAAGAGAUAACAUGUGCCCUCAAACAGCGGAAUGUCCUUUUACAGGAGCUACUCCAAAUAAAGAAUCUGAGUGAUGUAUUGACAUAUUUUUAGAGAUUAGAAUUCCAAUAUUUUCAGACUUUUUACUUCUUCUCGCCAUCAAGUCACACAAUUACUUUGUUUUGACAAUUAUUUGGGGGCAUUUUAUACUAGAUGGUCAUAGUAGAGAGAUGACUGGAAACAAGAAAGAGAGAGAUUCAAACCGGGAACAUCAAGAUAUAAAUCAAAACAAAAUGUGAUGAGAUCUGUUUGAGUCUUCAUGCGUGAUCCUCUCUGGCUGGCAAGCAAGACCAUGCAUGUGUUCGCUUCCUGCUAUUCCAGAGUUCAAAACAGCUCUAUCCCUCUCCAUUUAAGGGCUAGUAUGCAUGACACACAAGCUAUGCUAGCCCCCAUAUGCUCAUGGAUUCAGACCUACAUCACAACAAAGUCAGUUCUUAAAAAAAAAUCAUCAAGAAUAUGAGAAGUAACGGUAAUGUGAUCUUCUCAGGUCUUUGUGUAAAAGCUCUACAACAGCUGCAGCUCAUUCGGAGCGCUGCUGGUUGCUUCCAUAGAAAAGUAAGCACUUAUGUCUCAUUGGCAAAACAUGUAAUUCCCCUUUGCACUUAAUUCAGUUUAUUUGUGCUACCAUGAGACAUGCGGCCCUGAAAAGCGUUAGUGUUGAUACUUAUGGAGGGAAAGAGAUAACAUGAUUUGUAUUUCGUCUUUAUGUUACCGAUCCACAUAUGAAUUUAGAGAGGUGAUAGAGAAAAUGGCUUUCCCACUACCGAAAAAUGCCUAUUCUGUUGCUGUCAAGCAUCAAUUCUGGCUCAGACUAGGCCAAUUUGCUCUCAGGCCUCUUUUCAUUCAUCCACGGUUUGUUUUCCCACUAGCCUCCAGACUGGCCUCCUCGUGUUGUGUCUGAUGGACCGAGUCUGAGGCAGCAUCAGACUCAUGUCCCUGGAUCCCUAUACAUAAACUUCAACAAUGAAAAACAUUGAUAUGCAGAGUGAACAGACCAGCCUUGUUUCUCCUUUACAAUUCAAAAAGAUAAUAAAUUAAGUUCAACUGAACUCAGGGGCUGAAAAAAACGGCAUCACAAAAACAGACUGCAGGAUGAAAGAUUCUAAUGAAAACCCGAUGGAGAUAUAAAUA